AUGCUCCAGCAAGAAGGAUUUGUCGUCGCCAGUAUGAGUGCGCCGACUGCUUCGCCCACUCCCUUGCAGCGGUCUAGCUGGAAGGCCGAGGCGAUUAGAAGAGGGAAUCUGAAGAUUAGCGGCCCAAUUCCAAUUACGGAAGAUAUGCCACUGAACGAGGAAGAAGAGAAGGAGUUUGCAGAAAAUGGUGCGCUGGACCGGUCAUUGCAGCCGCAGGACGCAUCCCAGGAAGAGCAGCAUCCGCCGCAGGAAACUCCAUCACGACCAGUUCAAUCCCCGCCGACCAUUCCUGAGCAUGCUGAGCAUCCCACGGCACUGGGGUCAAACCCGGUUGUAGAGCAGCCACAGCAAGAGACGGAGACGCAUGAGCGCCCUGUUUCAAGGUCGCCGCCAAAGGUGCGGCAAUUGAAUCAAGUCCAGCGCGGAAGCGUCAUCACUUCAAGCCCACUUGCAUCCCCGACGCCUUUUCGGUCAACGCCAGAAAGCGCUGCCAUGGCUGCCCAGAAGAAAAAACGCAAGAGUGGACUCCGGAACGUUUUCCGGAAAAUGUUUGGCAGAAAGACCCCCGAGAAGGCUGAGGAUCAUACCGAACAUCGUCCCGAAGAUACGAUGACACGCGGUCACAGUUAUCAUCGCAGUGAACCUGAGUUGCGCCGAGCUUCGCCGCCAAGAGAACCACCGAGGACCCCCACUGGACCUCGGAUAUCAGAUCUGCCAGUCAAGGAGCUGGAACCGCUUCACCCAUUGGGCCAGCAUCUUCCGUAUCCUAUGAAUGUGAAUGCGCCUCCAGCAAGUCCACCCAAGGAGUACCUUGUUCUUGACACGUCAAGACCGGAUUUUGGCCGCCGAAGAGCAACACUCGCUACUUUACCCAGUGCUGCCACUCAGCGUCACAGUUUGGAUGAGCCACGAAUCAAGAUGGCAACUUGGGAGGAGGGACAUGAGGAAGAUGCCGUUUCAUCGUCAGGUAUCGGUAUUGCACUAUCCAGCCCAACCCAGCCAACUCCCAAACACGACAAACGUAGAUCAAGAAGUGCAGACGCUCUGCAUAACCUUUUCAAGGAGCGUGCUUCAAGCGAUAGGGGCAGAAGUGCAGAGAUCAAGUACUGGAGGGAAAGUUACAUGUCAGGUAGCAUCUACAGCAGACCGGACACGGCCAGAACAGUAGACAGCACUCCGGAGACAGCAAAGACGAUGGAGACCAUUCGCAGCGUACAGAUGAAUGAGCCUACCAUUCAGGAGCCAGACACGGAAUCUUUCAACGAGAUGAGUGCUACGCUGGUACAAGCAGAUGAUCCUCAGACGCCAACACCUGUGGCAGAAGAGCGGGCACAUGAUGAGCAUGAUGAUGGCCUCCCCACAGUCAUAGCUUUCAACUUUGGAAAUCUCAAAGCUGCGGUACUCGAUGCACCAGCAGAGUCCACUGUAGAGCAUCGCCAAUCGACGGAGAUUUCAGCACCACCCGCCCCACCAGUUCGAAGCCAGAACCGCAUCUCACUGGAGGAUCGCGUUAACCACCUGGAAUCCAGGUACUCCAACCUCGAAUCCAUGACACGGCGUGUCUCUUCGCGCAACAAUCGGGAAACCAUCAUUCUAGAGAAUGCACCCAGGAACCUGCGAUCUCGAAACAGGAGCGUAUCUGCAUCUGCCACUGGAUCACGGUCUCAUUCCCGAUCCGCGCCCAGCAUUCAUCAAGAGCCCAUGCGGCACAGCGUCGAGACAGUAGAUACGGACUAUGCCCCUGGCUCACCAACGCACGUUUCAAUGCCAAUUACCGUUGGCGAGGACAGCGCAAAGACCCUCCGCUACGUAUGCGAAGCGCUCAAACACGAGCGUAGUGCGCGUAAAGCUCUCGAAACCCAAGUCCGAACACUCCAACACGAUGUUUCCGACUUACACGCGCUCGUAAACAAGCUCAUUCGACAACAAGCCUUUGACGAUGCAGCCACACCUGAUGUAUGGGCCACGCCGAAAGAAGAGGGUUUCGCUAAUCAUGGUGAUUUCUUCAGCGGUAGUGAGCAUGAGAGGACAAGGAGCUUCAUUUGA